UUACAGUUGUGGGAGAAAACAAAUAUGGCGCCCAAAACGCCCAACAGUAACUGGCUGUCUGGGGUUAAUGUGGUGCUGGUAAUGGCUUAUGGCAGUCUGGUCUUUGUGCUCCUGUUCAUUUUUGUGAAGAGGCAAAUCAUGCGCUUUGCUAUGAAAUCUCGCAGAGGGCCUCAUGUACCAGUAGGACACAAUGCUCCAAAGGAUUUGAAAGAGGAGAUUGAUAUCCGACUCUCUAAAGUGCAGGACAUUAGGUUCGAGCCCCGGCUUCUAGCAGAGGGCGAUGAUCGGAUGCUUCAGCUGGAUAAACCGGAACAAGAAGGCUGUUACAAUUAUCUAUAUAGAAUGAGGACCCUGGAUUCCAUCAAAGAUUCAGACAUCCCCUUCCAGGGUAAUGGGAAGCAUCCAACACCUUUGGUGGGGAAAAACUUUCGCUCAUAUUUGCUGGAAUUAAGAAACUCUAGUUCACCAUUCAAAGGAAUUCGCAAGACUUUAUUGGAUGCCCUUCUGGAUGGCUAUGACAGUGCCCGUUAUGGAACUGGGGUAUAUGGAAAAACAGACCAUGACAAAUUUAUGGAUUCUCUGAGAGAGCUGGCUGCAGUUGUAAAAGCCAGAGGAGCUGAAAGUCAGAGGCAACGGCAGUCUGCAGCUAAAGACUUAAUGGCAGCACCAGACACCUCUGAAACACCCACCAUCCAAGUGACCUACCUACCCUCGAACCAGAAGAGUAAACGGCCCAAACACUUCCUGGAGUUGAAGAGUUUUAAAGACAAUUACAAUACUCUUGAAAGUACCCUGUAAUCGGAGAUCUCAGGGCAGGAAUUCUGGUUAUGAAUCACCAGCACCCAAACACUCAUCAGGGCCUUAUGACUUUGUGAGCUUUAGACCAACUCCAGUCUGAAUGAUUUCUCCAAUUCCUGGCGGUCCUCUGUGACCAGAGUGACUGUAAUUUGACCGUGCCUAUCCAGGAGACAGAGGGAGAGUAAAACAGUCCGACUUAGGCUACCGAGAUAGAUGGUCAUCGCAAGCUGCACAUUCCGACACAUUUAUUAGGUGCACCUAUCCAGGAGCAGGUAUUAUUCCCUUUCACAUGGCAUGAAUUCACCAAAGUGCAGGAAAUAUUAUUAAGAGAUUUGGUAAUUGCUUUUUAAAUGAGACUCUCCUGCUGCAUCUAAUCCUAACACAGCUCUUCAGAAUUAUGGGACCAUACAAGCGAUUUGAAUAUGGUGAAAGAGCCUCCAUGUUUGUGGAAUUGAUGCAUGCUUUGCGGCUUAAUUCAUUAUCCUUAUCGAAAUAUCCAUUUGGGAAACUUUAGCUAUAAAGGAUUGCACAUGUUAAUUUGGUAUCGGUGUAAUCUUAUGCGUGCCAAUGCAAUAUUCACUCUUGCAUCACCACCAGCCUACAUCAUUGACUCAUGGUAGGAUUUGACCCAUGAUUUCAUGCAGUUUUUGACAAAGAGCCACCCUACCAUCUCUACAUCCCAGUGAAAAUUGUCAGACCAAUUAGAGUUUUCUAGUGUUGAUUCGACGAGGUUCGGAAAUCCAGUUCCCAGUGUGUGCUUAUUUUCCUGUUUUUGCUAGGAAGGGAGCCUAGAGAUGACCUCUGCUUCCAUAACCCUUCCAUGUCAAGGUUCAUCACAUUGUGGUUCCAGUUAGCCUUUUGCAAAUUACUGUUUUAAAGAGUUGUUAUUCAGUCUACGUGGCCUUUUUGCCAGCUGGAUGUGUCUGCCCAUUCACCUCUGACUUUACUUGUUUACCAGGUGUUUACACCUACAAAACUAAAGCCCAUUGGAUAUUCUACCAUAUCAUUCCCCAUAGACUGUGUAAACAGAAGUACCCCAGUCCACUGUUUCCGUAACGCUGGAAUUAUCAAAGCCUGGCACCAUAAUACCACCAUCAAAGUGGUUAAGAUCAAGCGGCUUCCCUAUUAUAAUAUGUGGUAAAAUAGCAUCUCAAUGUCUUGGUCAUAUAAGCAUGCUCUUUAGCUGUUGUGUUGCAGUCACAUGAUUUGCUGUCUUGGCUACUUCCACUUAUCACCCAGCUGUACCUAGUAGAGCAGCCACUGAGUGUAUGUCAAAAGAAAUUAACUCUGUGCAACAAUUGUUACAUCCCCUGUAAACGCACAUGGUCAGGAGUAGAACAGUGGACACAAUACAAUCUGUGACAAAUAUGACUAAUGGUUUAUAUAGUUCCACAAAGAGCUAAACACAAACGCUUACUUUUGUUUACAAUUUCUGAUUUUUGUGUGAUGGCUGAAAGUUUCCAGACAAGCAUAUUUAGAGAAUGUUUAGUUUUUGAGUGCAUAUAAACUGUUAAAGGGACACUCCGGUCACUGUAACCUCUUUAUAUGAAUUCUAUGGUACCUGAAGGCUCCCGGGCGCGCUCUUAUCUUAAGGGGUUAAACCGUCAGAUAACUGUUUAACUCCAGUGCCGAUCUGGAGGACCCUGAGGCUGCACCCGGAUUCGGAAUCUCAGUUACAGGAAGCGCAGACUGCUGUCAGGCAGGGGUGCCAC